UACGAAGGUUGUUCUUCUUAGUUAUUAACCGCAAAAUUUUCAGUUAAAGUGAUCCCAAGUUAUCUCUGAUUAUUCCUACUUAGACUCAGCAUCCAAUUCUCAACACUCACCUGAAAUGAACAUAAACCUCGCUUAUAUAGAGCCAAAUAUAUAGGGUAGAGCGAUACCAACUUUCCAGUUUCCACCAUUUCAUCGUCAAUUCAUCUUAGUAUAAGGCAGAAGAAGAGAAGGGAAAGAGAAACCAAAGAUGAAUGUAGAAGUUGAGAAGAAGUCGCUUUCUGAAGAAAAAUAUGGCAGGGUUCAAUCUGUCAUAAGGUGGUUGGUGCUGGUUAUGUUUGUGGGAUGGAUUUUCGUAUGGAUAAUGACUCCCACAAACACUUACCAGCAAAAAUUGAAGCAUCGUCUUCUAGCAAAGACUGAAUCUGUUUUUGAUACACAAGGUGCAAAUCUUCUGGUUUAUACUUCUCCAAUCUUGUUCAUAGCUGCUUUGGGAUGUGUCUACGUUCACAUAGCCAAAAAAGGAAAGGAUUCCGACAUGGAAAAAAGAAAGAAACACGAGGUAUCCAUAUGGAAGCGUUUGGUUCUUGUGAGAGGCCCUCUUGGCAUAGUUUCUGCGACAGAACUGGUUUUCUUGUCUAUGUUUAUAGUUCUCCUCUUAUGGUCCUUUUCAAUCUAUCUGCACAUUGGCUUUGCCAAAAUCACCCACAAAUCAGCAGCAGAACAAGGUGUAAAACUCUGGGAGAAGAGACUAGCUAGUGCAGCUGUGAAAUUGGGUUUGGUUGGGAACAUAUGUUUGGCAUUCUUGUUUUUCCCAGUUGUUCGUAGUUCCUCAGUGCUACCACUGGUAGGACUAACACCAGAGAGUUGCAUCAAAUACCAUAUUUGGCUAGGACACAUUGCCAUGACCCUUUUCACAGCUCAUGGUAUUCUUUUCAUCAUCUAUUGGGCAGUUACUCAUCAACUUUCAAAGAUGUUGGAAUGGAAAAGAAAAGGGAUUUCAAAUGUGGGGGGAGAGGUAUGUUUGGUUGCUGGUUUGUUGAUGUGGAUUGCAACAAUCCCUCGUAUUAGGCGUAAAGCUUUUGAGGUCUUCUUCUACACUCACUACCUCUACAUCCUCUUCAUUCUCUUCUUCAUGUUUCACGUUGGCUUCUCCUAUGCAUGCACCAUGCUCCCAGCUUUCUACCUCUUCUUAGUUGAUCGCUACCUAAGGUUUCUGCAAUCAAGAUACCAAGUUCCUCUGAUUUCUGCUCGUCUUUUGCCUUGUCAGACUCUACAACUCAACUUCUCCAAGAGCCAUGGUUUAACUUAUAGCCCCACAAGUAUUAUGUUCAUAAAUAUACCAAGCAUAUCCAAGCUACAAUGGCAUCCAUUUACCAUUACUUCUAAUAGUAAUUUGGAGCCAGAAGUGUUGAGUGUUGUCAUCAAAGGUGAAGGAACUUGGUCCCAGAAGCUCUACCAAAUGCUUUCAAGCCCUUCAGCAAUUGAUCAUCUCAGUGUCUCUGUUGAAGGUCCAUAUGGACCUGCAUCAACCAAUUAUCUAAGGUAUGACACUCUUGUGAUGGUUAGUGGAGGGAGUGGAAUCACUCCCUUUAUCUCCAUCAUUCGGGAGCUACUGUAUUUGAGCACAGCAUUCAGAUGCCGAACGCCAAAAGUUAUCCUAAUCUGUGCUUUCAAGAACUCUUCCUAUCUCUCAAUGCUGGAUCUGAUCCUUCCAAAUUCUGGCACCCCUUUUGAUAUUUCUAACAUGCAACUACAAAUUGAGGCCUACAUCACAAGAGAGGAGGAGCAUGUAUUGGAAACUCAAAUCCACGUUCAAGAUAUAAGGUUCAAGCCCAAGGCAACAGAUGCACCCAUAUCUGCUAUUUUAGGUCCUAACAGUUGGCUUUGGCUGUGUGCUAUAAUCUCAUCCUCGUUCAUUAUUUUCCUUGUCCUAAUUGGGAUCAUUACACGAUACAUCAUUUUCCCAGUAGACUACAAUUCUAAUAAACCAUUUUCACAAUCUUUGGGGUCAUUCCUCAGCAUGCUAGCAAUAUGUGUGUCCAUAACAAUGGCUGCUAGUGUAGCUGUUCUUUGGAACAAGAAACACAACGAUGUAGAAGCAAAGCAGAUUCAGAACUUAGAAGGGGCACCAUCGGCAGAUAAAGAAGUGGAAAGCCUACCCCACCAAUCCCUUAUUCAAGCUACAAAAGUGCAUUUUAGUGUAAGACCUGAUCUGAGAAGAAUGCUAAUGGAAGUUGAAGGAACAAGAGUUGGAGUUUUUGUUUCGGGACCAAAGAAGAUGAAGCAGGAGGUUGCAGGCAUUUGCUCAUCUGGUUUAGCAGAAAAUCUGCAUUUUGAAUCUUAUAGCUUUAGCUGGUAAUUUUACAGGGACUUCUGUAAAAAGGUUUAGCAGUUUUGUUGCUUUAAUUCUAAUGUAAGUUAGCUAUCCAGAAAUAAUUA